UCAUUAUGUUUCCUUUGCUGGCAAUUCAACUGAUGACCCUCUUUGUUACAACUGCAUCUGGAUCUCAGCUGAUUGGACUGGAGGGAGGAGACAUCAUUCUGAAUGUCACUGGAUAUGAAGACCAAAGUCCCCUAACGUGGUUGAAGUGGUUUUUGAAUAAAACUCGUGUUAUCCACUACUAUGGAAAAGAGUAUACGAAUGAUGGCUAUACAGACUAUGUACUUAUCGUAAAUCCAGACUAUGAAGGACUCGUUGACUUUGAUAAGAAGACCUUCAGCCUUCACCUGAAGAAUCUUCAAAGGAAACAUUCCGGUGUCUACAGUGCCAAGAAGGAUGUAUUGAGCAGAAAUAUUAUGCCUGUGGCAUCAUACAACCUCACUGUUAUGAAGCGUGCAGCACCCCCUAAUCUGACCGUGGUCUCUGCCUGGUUCAGCAAUGACUUCUGUAACGUGACUCUUCAGUGUGUGGGAGGAGCAGACAUGUCUCUAAACUCCACCUGUAGUAGCACCACAUCCACCAACAGUACCUUCGAAUGCUCUGAGGAAGAGGAUGGGGGAGGAGGAGGAGGAGGAGGAUCCUGGUCACUCUCCAUCUCCGUCAACGGCACCAUUGCUUCCUGUAACCAUAGCAACCCAGUCAGCUGGAGGCUAGCCAGCAUUGAUGUGGCGUCUGUUUGUGGUAGAGGAGUCAGGCUGGCCAGUGCAGAUGUUGGUAACUGCCUUGUGAGGGCAGUAGCGAUCUCUGUAGGCCUGUUUGUCAUGGUUAUGGCCAUAGCUGCGGUUACCAUCAGACUGAAGUUGAUCAAAAACACAUGAGGCCAGUUUUGGGUUACGUGCACUGCCUUGCUCAGGGCACUACAGCCAUGGUGAUGGUGAUGUUGGGAUUCGAAUUUGAAUUUGUAUCUGUAUUUUGGAUUUUCUAAAUACACAAAAUAUAACAGAAACUGAAGGCCGGAGGUAUGAAAAAUG